CAGUCGCAUCUCCACUACCGCACGGAGAACGUACGAACGUAACGCCGCCAAACGUAACGACACUAUCGAUAUAUUUUACGCGCGCGACAUUUCUUCCGAAAAUUUUUCUCGAUCCGAAUUUUUUUACAAUUUUUUUACCUUAAAAAAAUGAGCAAGUCGAACCGGUUCCUCCUAAUCUAGUCGCGCGUACCGUCCCCAUGGUUUCGGGCCCUUUAACCGGCCACCCUCAGGGGUGCAAGGAACCACCACCUCUACGCCGGUGGUUCGCCUGUUUGUCGCAAAUCUGUCUGGCUGUGUGUGUGUUAUGUAUGUGCGCGUUGUCCUACAACCUUUUGGAGCAGAGCAGUGUGUUACGUAUGAAAGUGGAGAAGUUGGAGACGCGGGUUGCAGUACUGGAGGAGAAAGUUGGACCGGACGCUGAUGUCUAUUUGGAGAAAGUGAGGAGGGUGACUGUGGAAAAUUUGAGGGGCAGGGUGGUGCGGGACCUGGCUGCCAGGGUUAGGAGGGAGACGCCGGAGUGUUUAUGUCCAGCAGGUCCUCCCGGUCCUCCAGGACCUCCAGGCCCACCGGGAAAACGGGGGAAGAAAGGAAAAAAGGGGGAACCAGGCGAAGCGGGGCCAGCGGGAACCCCAGGCACGCCGGGCAAAAAUGGUUUUCCGGGUGACAAGGGUCAGAAGGGCGAGACAGGGCACAGGGGUUCGACUGGGAUUCGCGGAUAUCCGGGAUUUCCGGGUCCAAUAGGAUUAGAUGGACCUAAGGGAGAACCAGGAUCUCCAGGAGAGAAGGGACAAAAGGGUCAAACAGGCAGCGCGGGAAUCGAUGUCAUUCAAGCAGUCAAGCAGCCGGGUCGGGGCCUUAAACGAUCAGUGACAACACUACGAGGAGGUACCCUAGGCUACGCAGAAAUAGUUGCAGUCAAGGGGCUACAGGAAAGGGGACAUAACAUUACAGGGGAAACAAUUAUAACACUGAAAGGCGAACCUGGAGAACCGGGACCACCGGGUCCACCGGGUCCAGCUGGACCUGAAGGACCACCAGGACACGACGGAAGACAAGGAAUGCCUGGAGAACCUGGACCGGCUGGAGACCGAGGAGAACCGGGUCCCGUGGGACCAUCUGGACCACCUGGAAUGGAUGGUAUGACCGGACCAAAGGGUGAUCGAGGUGAUAAAGGUGAACGAGGACUCACGACGACAAUAGCCGGUGAUGUUAAAUUCCCAACGGGGAUCAUUGAAGGACCUCCCGGUCCACCAGGACCACCAGGUGAAAAGGGCGAAGCUGGACCUCUUGGACCUCCUGGUGCCCCUGGCGAGAAGGGUGCACGUGGCAAACGGGGUAAACGGGGCGAAGACGGGAAAGCGUUGUCCAGGGGCCUGCCAGGAGAGCCGGGGCAACCCGGACGCAAAGGAGACAGGGGAGACGCUGGGUUUAGAGGUUUUCCAGGACCUAAAGGUGAUAUGGGUUUGGCUGGACCGACCGGAUUACCUGGAGCUUCUGGAGAACCUGGACCACAAGGUCCUCCUGGAUUACCUGGUUUACUUGGGCCUAAAGGAGAGAAAGGAGAAUACGGUGACAUAGGUCCUCCAGGUCUAAUGGGACCUCCAGGACUUCCAGGCCCACCUGGUUAUCCUGGACAAAAGGGUGAAAAGGGUGAAAAAGGAGAAUCAAAAUACAAGAAGAUGCGAAGGAGACAGUUCCAGGGAGACAGCACGGGAGAGAUAAUCUCAGCAGGAGAAGUGGUCGUGGGUCCUCCUGGUCCACCCGGACCAGCCGGAACACCGGGACUACAGGGUCCUCCAGGAAUCAAAGGAGAUAGGGGGAUGGACGGUAUUAAGGGCGAACCCGGUGAAAAGGGUUCAAAAGGUGAUUCUGGACCCAUGGGCUUACCUGGCCCCAUGGGACUUAGAGGAGAAAGCGGCAGGACAGGAGACUACGGAAAACCCGGCCCCUUGGGUCCACCCGGGCUUGACGGUAUGAAAGGAGCUCAAGGGGAACCAGGAACCAAAGGAGAACGCGGGGACCCGGGAUUACCAGGCACUGACGGAAUACCUGGUCAAGAGGGUCCAAAAGGUGACAAAGGAUAUAAAGGAGACGCUGGCCCAUUAGGGAAAAGAGGAAGAAAAGGAGAUAAAGGAGACAAAGGAGAUCAGGGAGUCCCAGGUCUGGAUGCCCCCUGUCCUUUGGGUGCCGAUGGACUACCUUUACCUGGAUGUGGUUGGAGACCGCCAAAAGACUUGACGCGCCCAUCAGCUCCAUCGCCUCCAUCUUCGAUUAGUCCGGACCUGGACACCGAAGAACCAGUUGACGAAGGCCUGGACGAUUACGAAGAACCGGAAGGAGAAGACGACUACGAAGAGUACCCUGAUCAGAACAUGGCUCUACCAGUUUCGGCGUCCACCAUUUAACAUUUGCUUAUGGUUUUGGUUGCUUUGGUUUAUGUGCCGUUUGUGUUUGUGAAUAGGCAUAUGUGAAUGGUUCAGUGAGGAUUUAACAAAAAAAAACAAUGUACUUAUAAAAGUGAAGUGAAUACCGUGUAAAUAACUAGUAAGAAUUUUCAAAGAACAAUUAUACUGCCUUCAAGGAAAAUAGACUGUAACUUUAGCGUAUUUAUCGUAAUUAUUAAUGAAUUCUGUUCAAGUAACAAUUUGCAAAGCAAUGUUGUAAUAUUUUUUUAAAGAAAUAAUAUAUUUAACAGCGUGUAAAUAUUCAAAUGUUUUAAGACUAUUAACUAUUAAGAUAUAGAUAUUAACAUAGAGUUCCUGAAUUUACGAUGCCAAGAUAUAUAUUGACGUAUUUGAAAAUAUGUUUGGUGCUCCAUUCUAUGGUAAUGUUGCUUCUUUUUUCAAAAAUGUAUUAAUGAAAAAAUUAAGAUGUAAGCAUAUAAGAGUUAUUUAAAAGUUAUAAAUUAUUGUAGCACUAUAUCGGACACUGUACAAAUUGUAUAAU